AUGAAUUCUAUUAUUCAAAAGAUCAUAUCCCCUCAGCAAUGUGCCUUCAUCAAAGGGGGAAACAUCCAUGAACAGGUCUUGUUGGCAUAUGAGAUGGUAAAUGAAAUGAAUAUAAAGAGGAGAGGAGGAAAUGUGGGCCUUAAACUUGAUAUAUCCCAAGCAUAUGACACUCUCAGCUGGAAUUUCCUAACAUCUACUAUGAAGAAAUAUGGGUUUUCUGAUAAAUUUUGUCAUUGGAUUCAUGUGCUGCUACAAACCACUAAGAUCUCUAUUAUUCUCAAUGGUGGACCUAUUGGAUACUUUGGUGUGGGUAGAGGAGUUAUACAGGGGGACCCCUUAUCCCGUAUCAUAUACAUCUUGGCAGCAGAUACGCAAGAUGGUAAAAUUCAGCCUAUGGUCAUAAGAAGAGGUAUUUAUCCUUCUCAUAUUUUCUUUGCUGAUGACAUCUUCAUCUUCUGUAAUGGAUGCAAAACAACUCUAUUACAUCUUAAAAACCUAUUGUUAGAAUACCAAAAUGCUUCAUGUCAAGUUGUUAGUGCUGAUAAGAGUAAAUGCUUUGUAGAUGGCACUACUCCUACUAGACAAAAUCAGAUUGUUGAAUUGAUGAAUAUGAGAUUAUCUUCCUUCCCAGAUAAAUAUCUAGGAGUAAUCUUAGUUCAAGGAAAAUUUAAGGCUGAACAUUUAUGGGCUUUUUUAGAUAUGCUUCAAAGAAGACUAGCUAGUUGGAUUGGUCUUUGCCUAAUUUCCAAGAAAGAAUGGGUUCUACAGGAUUUUGAGAACAAUUCAAGAUGGAUAGUAGGGAAGGGGGAUAAUAUAUCUGUAUGGAAAGAUCCAUGGAUAUUGGAAUCCAGUAUAUUGAGUCAUUUUCCUACAACUGACAACAUUCAACAACAUAUUAACAUGAAAGUCAGUGAACUGAUUCAGAAUAAUACUUGGGUGAUACCUGAGGAAAUACUGACUUUUAUCAAUAUAGAUGACCUUCCUCCUCUCUCUCUGAAAGAAGACAAACUAAUAUGGAUUGGAAAUCAAAAUGGGGAAUUCACAGUUUCAUGUGCAGUAAAUGCUGUCAGGACAAAACAACCAAAAAUGAAGUGGAAAGUAAAAACUGUAAGAGCUAUUGAAUGUUUUUUCUAUCUGCCUGAAGAUGGAAUUACUCUGCUUUGUUGUGACGGGGCUUCAAGGGGAAAUCCUUGCUAUUCAGGGUAUGGUUUUAUAGCAAGAGAUAGCUCUGGAAACUUUCUUACAGCAGAAUCUGGUGGCCUGGGCAUUACCACAAACUUUGUUGCAGAGAUACUGGGUACUAUCAGUGCUUUAGAAUGGGCAUUAAUACACCUCAAAGAUAAGUUGAUUAUUAACUCUGAUUCUACUGCAGCUAUUAAUGCUUUCAUGAAGAAUAACCUCCCCUUGUUUGUACUGAGCAGAUGGCAAAUAAUAUGCAACAAGGUAAAAUCUAUCCAUUUUAAUCAUGUAUAUAGAGAAAUAAACUUCUCUGCAAAUUUCUUUUCUAAGAAAGGAGUAUAUCUAGAUAAGGGGAAAUCUGUAAAAUUUGCUACUAGACCUCCAAACAUGCUCAAAAUGGAGUUCCCUGGUACUCCAUACUACAUAUUUGCUUGA